AUGUCGAUCGCUUCGGAUGAUUCUACCAGUUCGACGGGAAUACCAAACUCCCAUCCCCCCAGACCCCGCUCACCCCAGCGUCUCGGAGGUGUGAGAUGUUAUUGGGCUCUAGUCACCCCUCGACAAACACACGAUAGGUUAGAAUUGGUAUUCGUACAUCCCGACCCUGUUUUGGGUGCACAUCUGGCAAGACAACAAUAUUCUUUGAUGGGAAGAGGGGUGAUAGAGUUUAUACAUCCUGCGGAAAGGGAGCAGGCAAGAAGAGAUUUGGCAAAUGCUAUUGCCGUAGAUGAUCUCCAAGGAAGCGUCACCAGAAUGCGUUUUGCGAGGUUAUCGCGUAUAAGGACUAUUUUAGGGUGCCCGCCAGAGGAAGUUGAUGUUCCCUAUGACGCAGAGGUUUUUGUGGAGGAUGACGAAUAUCUGAUUCUGGAUUUGGUACUGAACUGGGUCGCCGACGGCCUGUUACUCGCCUUCUUUCACGCCAUCAAGGAUAAAGAUAAAGUCGCGAACAACGAUCCUCUGCGCAAAAACGAAGAAUGGUCGAAUUUCUGCGGUACGGCGUUCAUGUCUGAUGAACAAGUUCAAGCCCUACACCAUGACGUCUCAACCACUAUCGCCGUCUCUCCCACUUCCGGUCGUAUCCCCCCUCGACGAGUCUUUCAAUUACACAGAGUCCUCGGUCCGUCUCAGCCACCCCAACUAGUUUUCUCUUGGCCUCCCGUCCAAGCGGGAUCUUACAGUCCCCAAGAAUUUGCGGAACUAAUGGAUGGAGUCGACAUGGAUCCUUCCCAGCUGGCUACGGUAGAUAACGAGAUGCGGACCAAUUGCACCACACGUUUCGGUGCCAAACACAGCGUAACCACCGAAGGUCAGGUUCGACAUGUGCAAUCGGUUUUUGUCCCAUACGGUUCUCUCAUCUUCGCAUGUUUCCAAACCACUUUGGUCAGUCCAUCUCCGGGUCAAAGCUUUAUCGUACCUACUCAUCAACCAUGGAUGACUCCAAGUAGUGUAGAUUGGUCCGAGCCUAGAGCGCAAUACGAAGAUGUAUUUCAUACACCUCCUCACACCCAUCAUCCUCAUUCACAUUAUCCUCAUUCGACAUAUUCGAUACCCUUUACACCUCAUCCGGAUCAUUUGGGAGAAUCAUCAGAUACGUAUCAUCGUCUGGCACAUCCGUACACCCCGCCGAUGGGUAAACCAUAUGACCGGAUAUCGUCUAGAUCGGUCUCACGGGGUCUUUCGAUGGAGAAACCACGUCAACCAAUGUCACAUUCAGGAGGAGGGUCACAAGCUUCAAGACCGAUGAUAAGGCCACCGGCGGGAGUGGAAAGAUGUGCGUUUUGCGGUACUUUGGAAUCACCAGAGUGGAGGAGGAAUGAAUCGGGCAUCAAAGAUUUGUGCAAUGCAUGCGGUCUGAGACUGUCGAGACAAGUGGCUAAACGAGAAGGACGACAGAAGCCCAGACGGAAAAAGACAAAAGAAGAAAUGGUUUCGUGA